AUGAUGAAUCGAAUAAAAGCAACCCUGGCGCAUGCCCGCAGUCGCAUUCACAAGCUCUCUGCGCCGCCAUUGCCGCUCCCGUCGCCAAAGCCGGUCGUCAGCGCUCGACGAUUCCCCGAAGAACCGGAUUACUACGGACCUGGAGGGUUUCACCGCGUCUCGCUAGGCGACACUUUUGAUUCUGCGCGAUACACCAUCCUACGAAAGAUCGGAUACGGACAGUACUCCACCGUGUGGCUUGCCCGAGACUUGAAAUGCCAGCGAUACGUGGCGGUCAAGCUGCUGAGGGCGGAUUGCUACGGCACCCCUCAUCAUAUUUUUGAGCGCGAGAUCCUCGCGCGCAUCUCCGACGUGUCCCGGACCAGCUCGCAUCCGGGCUGUCGGCACCUGCUGCCUUGCCGGGAGCAGUUUAGCCAUCGGGGUCCCAACGGAGACCACGUUGGCCUUGUGUUCGACGUGCUGGGCCACCAUCUCAGCUUCCAAGCUGCCAAGUAUAAAGACGGAAGGCUGCCGGUAAAGGCAGUCAAGGAGAUUGCGCGGCAGCUUCUGAGGGGGCUGGACUUUCUUCACGGAGAAUGCGGCGUCAUUCACACAGAUCUAAAGCCGACGAAUAUACUUUUGGAGUUGGAAACCCCAGACGAGACCAUUUCGCAGUACCUCGAAUCUGUUCCUCCGCGGACGACCAAUGACCACAAUGGCGCUGUAGUCCCACUCCGGGAGGUCAUCACGACACCGCUCGUCUCCGAAGUGGCAUUGCUGCACGUCAGGAUUAUCGACUUUGGCGUUUAUCGAAUCCAGUCACCCGCGCUGAGAGCACCUGAAGUAACCCUUGGCGCGCCCUGGGAUACUGGAGUUGAUAUAUGGAGCCUCGGAUGCCUUAUUGUGGAGUUUGUUCAAGGCAUAAUUCUCUUUUCUGGAAAUGCGUCAAAGAACGGGACAUGGACCGCCGAGGAUGACCAAUUGGCAAGAAUGGUCGAAAUCCUCGGCCAGUUUCCGCCCGGCCUGCUUAGCCAGGGGCGUCGCUCGGCAGAGUUUUUUGAUGCAAAAGGUAUCAUCCCCUGUAUUCCAUCGCACGGGGCGCUUUUUCGAAUUCCCAAUAUGAAGGCGACGAGCCUCGAGCGCUUGCUCAAUGGCCAAGUGAAACUCUUUAUAAGGCCUGCUGAUAUGCCCGAGACCGAAAUUGGUACUUUCAUCGACUUUAUACAAGGCAUGCUCGAAAUCGACCCGACGGUGCGCAAAUCUGCCGCAGAAUUGCUGCAACACGGGUGGCUCUCUUAG